AUGGAUUUAGAACUCCCCGACGAGAAAAGAACAUUCGAUGAAGUAGAAGUGGUGAACCAAUGCUCGGAUUUCCUCAACUCCGGCGUAGACACAAUUGCCAUAACACUGCAAUGGAUGAUGGCAAACAUAGUGAAACACCCACGCAUUCAAGACAAACUUGUCACAGAAAUUAGACAAAUUGUGGGAGAUGGAGAAGUUGAAGAGGUGGAAGAGGAGAACCUGCACAGAAUGAAGUAUUUAAAAGCGGUUGUGCUAGAAGGUCUGCGUCUUCACCCGCCGUCGCACUUUUUGCUUCCGCACUCUGUCACUGAGGACUUCAUUUUGGACGGGCGUUACGUUGUGCCAAAGGACUGCACUGUGAACUUCUCUGUGGCGGAGAUGGGGCGGGAUCCGUGUUAA